GAAUUAUAUUUUAGUUAAUUUUUUUUCACAUAUUGAUCGUUUUUUAGGAAAUAUAUAACAUUUAGUUAACAUAAUAUUAUAUUUUAUUAUUUUCAAUUAAAAUUCUAUCAUGGCUAAUGUUUUAGAAACUGUUAGAGAUGAUGAUUUUGUAGAAUAUUAUUUAUUUAUUCGAACAGAUAUUGUUCCUAAAGGUUGUGAAGAGUGUGUUAAUUACUUAAACAACUUAAACGACAAAAUUUUAGAAUGGGUGGAACAAUCGUCCAAGCAAUAUAUAUGGCAUAAAGAUCGAUUUAAUUUAAUACCUAGAUAUUGCCCAAAUGAUGAACUCUGGCGAUCCCUUUCCAACAAUUCAAAAAAUGUUCCUCUGCCACCACAUCUAUAUGGAGUAACUCAUUAUGGUGACAAUAUUGAAGAUGAAUGGUUCAUUGUAUAUUUGCUUAGAGAACUGUCUAAGAAAUUCAAUGAAUUAAUAAUUCGUGUUAUAGAUUCAGAUGGUGAAUUUCUUUUAAUUGAAGCUGCUGAAUACUUACCAAAGUGGGCAAGUCCAGAGAAUUGUGAUCAAAGGGUUUAUAUAAGCAAUGGUGAUGUACAUAUCAUUCCAUUAUCUAAUGAAAAUAAAAAAUCCAUUGCAGUUAUCCAGGCAUUAGAACAAAUUUCCAGGUAUCCUACUGCUACAAUUGCAAAUUCAGAAGUGAAUUCUUCUAUAUCAUCUCGCAUUCAUGGGUAUCCAGAAAAAAUUAAAGAAAACUUGCAUAAAUGUCAUGCUUAUUUACCAUUAAGUGUUGCAUACUUGUUAAAGUACCAACCUAGUUUAAUUGCGCCAGCAGUUUUAUCAUUUUGUCAUAGAGAUCCUUUAGAUAUUCGGGCAUGCCGUAUGAUGAAACAUUUCCCACCAAAAGAUAGAAUAACUCGUUCUGUGAUUAUGACUAAAUGUUUAUAUGCAAUGCUUGUUCAUCAAAAAUUUAUACCUGAAAGAAAAGCUGGAUGGAAUUUAGUAGAAUCGACAGAUUCUCAAUAUAAAGCUCAGUUAUUAGGAGUAAAAAUUGCAUGUGGAUUUGAAAUAUUAGCCUCACAAGCCAAAUCAGCAGUAAAGGAUACAUCUGUAGAUUUGACUUACGACAAACGUUGGCAUCAGUAUAAAUCAGCAUUAAUUGAAAAAGGAUAUUUCAAAAAUUUAUAUGAAGGUUCAAAUGGGUACAAAGUUCUAGAAGAUCAAGCUAAAGAUUACUAUCUUACUAAUAUAGAAGAGUAUUUAUCAUCACCUUCUAUUGGACAAAGAAUAAAUACCAUUUUGAAUCGUAUUACUGAUGAUGAACUUUCUAUUUUAAAACAAGAUAUUGCUGAUCUCGAACCUGAAGAUGAUGAAAAAUGGUUAAAUGUAUCAGCAUGUGAAUUAGACCAGAUUCUUGAACAAAAAUUUGGAAUAAAAAAUUCUCAACAAGUCCCUUCAUCAUUUGCUUCAAGUUUUUCAGAUACAAUAAAAAGAUUUUUAAAUCAAACUUCUGAUGUAAAUGGAGCUGAAUUUUCAAAUAAUCAUCUAAGCGAUGAUUCUUCUAAUUCAGAAGAAAAUGAAAAAAUAAGUAAUAUUUCACCAAAUAUGCUUACUUGUGGACCAGAUGUGAUGUGUCCAACAAAUGAUGAUAAAUUUUCAGUUUCAAGUAGAUAUAAAAAAAAAAAAACCAAAACUAUAAGUAAAAAUAAUGUAAAUUUUGAACCAGAAAAAUAUGAAGCAGCUCUUCGCAACAUUUUAGAUUUCAAAGUACCUGAGGAUAACUGGAAUGAAUCUGAUAGUUCCGAUAUGGAUUCUUAUGGAAGUGACUGUGAUGAUUUAAUUUCCAACGGGAAAUUAGAAAACCACUCAGGACCAAGUAUAUCUAAUUAUAUGGACCAAAUGGAUAGAGAACUUGCAUCUACUUCUUUAGGAAGUAGUUUUAUUAAAAAAUCUACUUCUAGUAGCACUAAACUAAAGAAAAAUGUAAGAAUAGCUCCUACUGCAACCUGUGAAGAUGAUAGCGAUUAUUCUGAUGUUGAACAUUUUGAGCCAGUUGAUAUAGAUGUUAAUGCUUUCCAAAAUAUACUGCAAUCAUAUCAUGAACAGCUUGGUUUGCCUGGACCUGCUGGUAAUUUGUUAGGACCUGCUGGUUUAAAUAUAGUCCAAAAUCCCCCACCUAAAUAGUUGUUAGUGUACAAAAAAUUUGUAACAAUAUAACUUAUUGUUUUUCUUUUUUAUGAAACCUACAUUAUUUUCAUAAGUCUUUUUAAUUGUAAUUACUAUACUUUUAUUUUAGAAAUAUUGUAAUAUUCAGCUUGAGAUAUCAAGAAAAAUAUUUAAAAAUUAUAUUAAAUUAUUUGUCAUCAUGUAAUAUUUUUAUUUUUUAUGUUUAAUAAAUAAAUGUUUAAGACAUUUUUAUAACA